CAUUUACCAAAUCAAUCAAAAUUAUCAAUUUACGUAGGUACGACCUCGCGUCUACAUUCUGCGGCCUGUGAAAUUAAAAUACAAUAAUAAUAAUAAAAAUUCCGUGAUUACAGUGUAAAUUAAUAAAUUUUUCAUUUACUCCGAUCAAUAUCGAUUGGUCAAAAUAAAUGCUAGAUAAUUUUCCUAUGGUGCCCACUGUCUAAUAAUAUGGAUGUGUCUACAGUGUUGAAUUAAUAAACAGUUUAUUUUUCAAGUCCAAAGUACGUUAGUGUCGUUGAGUUCAGUGAUUGUGCAAAAAUGUCUCUAGAAGAAAAGUUCCAUGCAGCAGUUAAUGUGAUAAGGAGUCUGCCCAAAAGUGGCUCAUACCAGCCCAGCAAUGAAAUGAUGCUGAGGUUCUACAGUUACUUCAAACAGGGCACGGAAGGGGCGUGCACGAAACCCAAGCCGGGCUUUUGGGACGUCAUAAACAGGGCAAAAUGGGAGGCGUGGAUGAAACUGGGCAACAUGUCAAAGGAAGAUGCAAUGAAGGCGUAUGUGGAAGAAUUACAUAAGAUAAUCGAAACAAUGUCGUACAACUCUGACGUCGCGUCUUUCCUCACGAUAAACGAAGAUGGCGACGGCUUUCCCAGCGCCGACCUGCAGUUGGUAGCCGGCGAUGUGCUCGCGAGAUGUCGCUCUGAGUCGCAGCACAAUUCGCCGAUGUAUUCCCGUUCCGUAAGCGGCGCGUCGUCGCCCGCGCCGGAGGAGGCGCCGGCGCGCGCGCGUCACGACUCCGAGGACGAGUACAUAGACACCGUCGAUGUUAGUGUGCCGCACGCCGUGGAGCCCGAACCGCCGGUCCAAACGCACAGCGCGCCGAGGCUCAGCAACGGGCACGCGUACCAAAUAACCUCGCAACUGACACAUCUGAAGGUGCUAGAGCAACUGCCGGGCACGCUAGCUCGGCUGGAGGCUGACGUGGCCGCUCUCAGGAAGGCCGUAGAGGGCGAUAGGAGGAUAUUGGACCAAGUAUCAAGCAGCUGGCGCUGGCCGUGGCAAGAGCUGAGUCCGCCCACGUUGGUGCUGCUGGUCGUGUGGCCGCUAGUCGCCUACCGCUUUAUGGCGAGAAAGCAAAAUCGCUCUUAGUGUCGACGGAUUCCACAAUGUGAUUCAAACGUGCUAAAUUUUUUGUUUGGUAAUUCAAAAGAUUUCAUUAAUAGGCCCUUGUACUAUUUCAUAAGUAAUUUUAGGGCUGUUUAGUAGCAACACAUUCCGUUUUUAUCUAACAUGUUAAAAAGAGGUACUCAAUUAUUGUUGAAAUAGAUUUGUCUGUAGGGCGUAAGUAAAUUUUGAAGUAGAAGCUAAUAAAACUCCAUUACACAAGUAUGGAGCACUCUUAUAUGCGUGAGCUGCUCUCAUAUGCGUGAACUGUCAUUUUGACAGUUGCUACGGUAUGUGAAUAUGAGGGAAGAAUCGCACCAAUUGUGCCUUUUUUUCUUUGACACUGAAUUGAUUAAAAUGCUUAUGUUAAUUUUACUUUAUCAACAUUUGAGUGUGAAAAUUUAUUCGACUUUUAUAUUGUUUCCAUCACUUUUAAAAUAUAAGUACAAAUAUAAAUUUACUUAUAAGUGUUCACUGUAAAAAUUCAAAUACAGUGAACAGAGCAAUACGAGUCAAUCUUUAACUUAAUCACUUUAAAUCUUUCUUAAAUUUUAUAGUUACAUGUUGUUGAGCAAAGUUUUAGUAUUCAUUUUAUGUUAUGCCUAAUAGAAAAGGAUAAAUAUGUAUAAAGGUUCCACAAUUUGUAUUUAAAAUGUUAUCUACAUAGUAUAUCAAAUUAAAUUACCUCUUAUCAAUGGAAAAUGUUGCUACCCGUUGUGAUCAUAUUGCAUUUUUUUGUGAAAGGGAUUUUAUUGGGCUUAUGGUAGAAAUUUAUUUGUAUAAAAUAUCUCGCAAUGAUUUGGGACAACUAAUUUUAAACUUUUAUUGAAUGGUAUUUGUACUGUAAUAAAUAAUAUAUUAUAAUUGUUUUAUUUCAUACCUAUUCGCAAGCAUAGUGAUGAGUUUAUCUGUUACCUGUAUAGUUUUCAAAUUUUAAGUAAGUGUUUUUAGGUUAUGAUAAUUUUAUAUUUUUGUGAUAUAUAGGUUAUAAAGUGACAUUUCGUUUCCCGCCUUUUAUUGACAGUAACGGCAUGGGCUGCAGCUAUACCUCUCCAUAUAUUCCCAAAAUAAAUAAAAAAAAGAAUAUUUUUCGGUUUUUUAUUUCUCUUCCUAAACAAUGUAGUGCUAAACAUUAAACAAAUACAAGAACGACAGAAAUGUUAUGUAUUUGAUUUAAUUCGAUUUUUUAUUUAAAUUGCCUCUGUUGUACAUAGAUAACAGAUACGUAAUUGAUUAAAAAUAAAUCGUAAAACCUUCGUAAACAACGAAUGAAAUGUUAACAAUCUUUAAUAUUUUUGUUAGAUUAUAAUUUCCCGUAUAUUAAAAAAAAUGUAAUUAAAAAUUAGUUUCUUUCAAUUUCAAAUUUGUGGAAACGAAGUAGUAUUAACCUUACCAUUAUUAUUUAUCUGUAUGUACGUUCAUUACAAGCUUAAAAUCUUAUAGAACUGCAAUUUGUAAAUUGUUCUAUAUGGAGGAGUGAUUACAACUCGAAUUUUUAUUUUAAACCAAAUAUUUUGUAACUGUAAUUGAUUUAAUUAUAAAUGAAUUUUGUUUUAUAGACUAGCUAAACAGGGAAGACUAUCAUAACUAUAUUGGUUUUUUGCGGCUUGUCUAAUAAUAUGUAUGUAAUUGUAACACGAGAUUGAGGUAUGUGAAAUAAAGCAAAAGUCGUAUGCAAUGCAAUAAUUUUUCAACUAAGCUUUAGUCUAUAACAUUAAACCAAAUGCCUUAUUUACAUACCAGAAUCUAGCGCACGAACGAAAUGUAAUUAUACUUUAUUCGUAAAUUAUAAGACGGUGUUCCGAAUCGAUUGAUAGUAGAUUUGUAUAAAAUUUGUUACUCGUAAUAUAUGGGGGUUUUACAA